AUGUCGUCAAAGAAAGCUCAAGUGCGACGAGAUGUUGACGAAAAACUGACCCUGCUCAGCAACGACCGAUUUGCGGACAAUGCCAAAAGUCGCACCGUGAAUGUGUGCGGUCUGAACAAUUCGAGUUUUGGCAAAGAUGGGCAAGACCACAACCUCGACAGUUUCUUCAAGUACAGCCAGACAUACAGCGAGGAGGAUAAAAAGGCGUUCCUACCAGUGCCAGAAGACCUGACUUGGGUCUAUGUGUCCGAUCCGAAUGCCGAAGACACCAAUGCCGCCUCACCACCCAGUCAUACCCAGACCGCCUCAGAUACCUACCAGCAAGUCGCUGCGCAUACUUUAGAAGCCUUAUCCACGGCUGCGGCUGACCACACAACGUCCUAUCCCCCACAAGGCACCGCAUACUACACUGCAGCCAACCCUCAGGGCGAGUCGCAUCCCGAGUAUGGAUUUAUGCAAGGCGGUCCUCCUGGUGCUGCGAACGGCGAUGCCCCCGGGAACAUCGGCUAUUUCCUCGGUAACUCUGCUUCACGGACUCAGACAGACACGUCCUUGAUCGAUCCGAACCUAGAAGCCACAAUGAACAGUGCGACCGAGCGGACCGACGAGGAGCCAGAUAAACAGGAUGCCAAGCCGCAUGUUGCUGAAGAGACACAGAAAGAUCACGACGAGAGCUUUGCCGAGGAGUCGCGACUUGCAAUCACGCUGAAGAACUUCAACGAACUGCUAGCGUGA